AGGAAUAGAAAGUCUGCACCUUCCUGCAGAGCUCGCUAGACUUUGAACACUUGAAUCGCUCAUCAUGUUGUUCGGUGUUUUUUUGUUUAGUGUCCUUGUGGGCUCCUUCUUGGGACUAACUCAUGGUGAUGUGGUGUCGGACUUCAUAGAUGAGCCUGACUGCAUAAAGUACUUUUACAAAGGGAAAGUGCCACAGUGGGGGUCAGACACGCCUGGCACUGCCCGACUCUGCCAACGUUUCCAGAACCGCUUUCAUUUUGCUACGCUGUAUGACACAUACCACCGUAUCGCGGUUUACUCUGCAUAUGUUUUUGAGCCCAGCAAUGGAGGAGGCAGAGAGAAGCGCUGGUUUGUGGAGCCCCAGUUGGUGAAUCAGAAUUGGGGCGGGGAAAUGAGAGACGGCUAUUGGCUGGGAAAGGACUAUCCUGGUAUCUACCAGGGUGAGAGACAAGCUCUGAAUGAGGAUUACACUAACUCCGGGUUUGACCGUGGCCACCUCAAUCCCAAUGGACACCAUGCAGUGCCAAGUCGUAAUGCAACAUUCACCCUCACGAACGUGGUGCCUCAGAACCCCAAACUGAACCAGAAUGCUUGGGCCAAUCAUGAGUCCAAACUGGCAAAGUUGUUCAACGCUCAGUGCGACAAGGCCUACGUGCUGGUUGGUGCCAUUCCCUCUGCUGACAACUGGAUCAUCAAGAAUAACGUCAGACGAGUCAAUAUCCCAGAAUACAUGUGGAACGCAUACUGCUGCACCGAUCGCAAUGGCGUUCCCAUUAGCAGUGGAGCUGCAAUUGCCCUCAACACUGAGCAGAAUUUGGUUGUGGAGUACACACUGAAAGAAAUGGUUGUUUUUCUCCAGCAAUACUCCAAUGUACCAGUAGGGGAGCUGUUCCAAAAUCAAUGCCAGUAACAGUUGAAAAUGUGUCCCAAACUGGUGAUUAAAUUUUAACAUUUGACACAGAAGCAGUGAAAAUUCAUUAACAUUGUAUUUCUAUUG